GGAAAGAGUAACCCACGCUCUCCCGGGACGCGCCAGGGCUGCCCUCGCGCGCGCGAGGAGACCGCGGGGCUGCACCGACGCCACCGCCGCAGCGCGUCCGGGCGCCGCCCGACCCCGCACCCCACGAGGGAGCGCUCCCGGCGGCAGCGCCGGCAUGUCCCUCAUGCAGAGCAGCCAAUUGGGCGGCUACGUCCACGCGCUGCCGUCGCCGGCCCUCAAGGACCACUCGCUCCUCCAGAACGGGAGCGACAUCCACCACUACGCGCGGGCGCACCUGCCGGUCAGGUACUCGCGCCGGUCCAAGAAGCCGUUCCUCACGGGGGGCAGCGUCAUCUCGAAGACGCGGCGGAAGCUCUCGGAGCCUUCCCUCGAAUUCGUCGACGUGCCCUCGUGCUACGACAUUCCGUCUGGGUUUGAAUUCUUCUCUCCAAGUCAAUUGCAAAGACCACAAAGUUCGUGGGCUCGGUCGUCCGGACGGUCGUCGCGCCUGGACCCGAACGGCCUCAACUACGUCGCAUCGGCGCCCAUGGAGUGGGGCUUCGACGGCCACCACCUCGGGCCCGGCUCCUACACGUCGCCGCUGGCCAAGUCCGGCUCAGUGGUCCUGAGCCGGACCGUCGGCCUGUCGAGCGUAUCACAGCGAGGGCGCAUGCUCGUGUCGCGCCACUAGCCGUAACAUUAUUGUCUCGUCA